CCAAGAAGUCGAGUCCCCGCCCCAAACCCUGACCCCGCAGCUCAACCGCUACAGCUCCCGCAUCACCGAGCCCAAAUCCCAGGGCGGAGCUCAGGCCAUCCUCUACGGCGUCGGCCUCGAUGACGACGACAUGAAGAAACCCCAGGUCGGGAUCUCUUCGGUGUGGUAUGAAGGAAAUACUUGUAAUAUGCACUUGAUGAGUUUGGCUGAGGCUGUGAAGGAGGGGGUGAAGGAGGCUGGGAUGGUUGGGUUUAGGUUUAAUACGGUUGGGGUUAGUGAUGCGAUCUCGAUGGGGACGAGGGGGAUGUGUUAUAGUUUGCAAUCGAGGGAUUUGAUUGCGGACAGUAUUGAGACGGUGAUGGCUGCUCAGUGGUAUGAUGGGAAUAUCUCGAUUCCUGGGUGUGAUAAAAAUAUGCCAGGUACAAUCAUGGCAAUGGGACGGCUUAAUCGACCAAGUAUCAUGGUUUAUGGUGGAACCAUCAAGCCUGGUCACUUUCAGGGACACACCUACGAUAUAGUAUCUGCCUUUCAGGUUUAUGGCGAAUAUGUCAGCGGGUCAAUCAGUGAUGAUCAGAGAAAGACUGUGGUACGCAAUUCUUGUCCCGGAGCAGGGGCUUGCGGAGGCAUGUACACCGCAAACACCAUGGCAUCUGCUAUUGAGACAUUGGGAAUGUCACUUCCAUACAGCUCUUCAACACCUGCUGAAGAUCCAUUGAAGCUAGAUGAGUGCCGGCUAGCUGGGAAGUAUCUCCUGGAUUUGUUAAAAAUGGAUUUGAAGCCUCGAGACAUCAUCACCGAGAAAGCAUUACGCAAUGCUAUGGUCAUGGUCAUGGCACUCGGUGGUUCUACCAAUGCUGUGCUGCAUUUGAUUGCCAUAGCUAGGUCUGUAGGUUUGCAUUUGACUCUUGAUGAUUUCCAGAAGGUUAGCGACCAGGUCCCUUUCCUGGCAGAUCUUAAGCCUAGUGGUAAAUAUGUUAUGGAAGAUGUACACAAGAUUGGAGGGACGCCUGGAGUAAUUCGUUAUCUUUUGGAGAAAGAGCUUUUAGAUGGGGACUGUAUUACAGUUACAGGGAAGACUAUUGCAGAAAAUGCCAAACUUUUUCCUUCUUUAUCCGAGGGUCAGCAAAUAAUUAGACCAUUAGAGAAUCCCAUCAAGUCAUCUGGGCAUAUUCAAAUUUUAUAUGGGAAUCUCGCACCAGAAGGUUCUGUAGCUAAAAUAACUGGCAAAGAAGGCUUAUUCUUCUCUGGUCCUGCACUUGUUUUUGAAGGUGAAGAGGCGAUGAUUGCCGCUAUUUCAGAGGAUCCUAUGCGUUUUAAGGGCAAGGUGGUUGUCAUAAGAGGAGAAGGACCUAAGGGUGGUCCAGGUAUGCCUGAAAUGUUAACGCCAACAAGUGCAAUAAUGGGUGCAGGUCUUGGGAAGGAAUGUGCUCUGCUCACUGAUGGUAGAUUUUCUGGAGGAUCACAUGGUUAUGUAGUUGGUCAUAUAUGCCCAGAAGCUCAGGAAGGUGGCCCAAUUGGUCUUGUUGAAACUGGCGAUAUAAUCACCAUCGACAUCCAGAAACGAAGAAUGGAUGUUGAAUUGACUGAAGCACAGUUUGCCGAGAGGAGGAAGAAUUGGACCCCACCAUCAUAUAAGGCAAGAAGAGGAGUUCUAUACAAGUAUAUCAAGAAUGUUCAAUCUGCAUCUAAUGGAUGCGUCACAGAUGAAUAGGAAGCCAACUUUGGAACCAUCUCUGAGCAUAUUAUAGAGCUAGGAAGCGGAUUUUUCUGCUGAGAUAUGUGUAGAUGAGUUGCUCAGGUUUUCUUUGGCUCCCCCCCUGGAGAUCACCAGGGAGUUCUGAGGAUUUCAGCUCAUGCCGUACUAAAAUAUUUAAUGGUUUGGGGGUUUGUUCAAACUGGUGAAUAAUAUGUUAUUUGUGUUGUUUUAUGUGUGUGUAGUUAUCUGACGGAGCUUAGUGGUAAAUAAACUGGAACAGUUGAACAGCAUUAUGUGUUGGAAUGUGUCGCAUAUCGCAGUCAAUGAUGCUUAUUAUUUUCUGUUGAAGUAA